AUCGCUCUGUCUAUUGAGAGCCGAGUGCGGGUGUGUACACUAGGAUGUGAAUUAUCGGUCGACUAAUCGGCUAACAGUACAAUAUAUUACUAACUCAUUAAAGAUUAAAAACUUCCAAAUUAGAUAGGCACCAUGGAGACUAAAGCGCAAGACGACACAACCGAAGAAUCGCCUCUAAAAAAAGAUGUCAAAAUUGAACAAAUGACUGUGAUAGAAAAAAUUAAAUACAUCAAAUCAAACAUUACCGUGGAACCAGUGUUAGCUAUGUUCGUUAUGCCAAGUGUUCUUGCCAUGUUGGCCACGCAAAAUCUUAACUUAGACAAGGCUUGCCAAGUGAACCUAGGUUUUGGGGAUGAAGUGUGUACCGCGUUAAGAUUAAGAAAGCGAGCGAACCAUACGUACGAAGAAGACGAAGUUCAGAAGUUAAUAGCAUCUGUGCAAGGAUGGAAGUCGGUUAUCCAGACUGCGGUCCCGACGAUCCUGAUGCUUUUCGUCGGAGCGUGGAGUGACAAGACUGGCAGGAGGAAGAUUUGUAUCCUGAUGCCUAUCGUUGGAGAAUUCCUAACCUGCGUCCUUAACAUGAUAAACACGUAUUUUUUCUACGGAGUCAGUGUAGAGUGGACUGUAUUCAUGGAAGUUUUGUUCCCGGCCCUGACUGGUGGCUGGUAUACGAUGUUUCUGGCUACUUUCAGCUAUCUAGGCGAUAUAACUUCGAGAGAAACUAGGACUUUCCGAAUGGGUAUUUUGAGUUUGUGUAUGACUGUUGGUUUUCCUGUUGGGAUGGGUUUGAGUGGAAUAUUGUUGAGGCGUUUAGGGUACUACGGAGUGUUCAGUAUAUCGGCGAGCUUGCAGUGUGUGAACUUCUUCUACGUUUACUUCUUUUUACAAGAUCACACGUGGCUUGAGACCAGGGAAAAGGUUAAAACUACGGGCUGCACCGCUUUCUUCCUGGACUUUUUCGACUUUGCCUGCUUGAAAGACACACUUGGUAUUGUGUUUAAAAAGGGAGAGAACAACACGAGACUGCGAAUCUGUCUCAUUCUUACAGUCGUCUUCCUUACCUUUGGACCUAUGUGGGGUGAACUCAGCGUGAUGUAUAUAUUCAUGAGAUACCGUUUCAACUGGGAUGAAGUCAGGUUCAGCAUCUAUUCCACCUAUAGCUUCGUCGCUCAUUCUGCGGGCACAUUGUUCUCCAUCAGCGUGUUCAGCCGAAGGUUCCACGCGGAUGACGCCAUGCUGGGCAUCAUUUCCACCUCCAGCAAGAUCCUUGGCGCCUUACUCAUGGCGUUCGCUAGGAACGAUUACGAAGUUUAUUUAUGUCCCCUCGUGGAAAUACUGAAUGGAACGACAGCCAUUGCUUUGAGAUCCAUAGCUUCAAAGCUCGUUUCAUAUAAAGACUUAGGCAAGGUGUACUCCCUCUUCGGUGUGGUAGAGACACUGGUGCCUCUCCUCUUCGCCCCACUGUACACCCGACUGUACAUCCUCACGCUGCACAUAUUGCCAGGAGCGUUCAUGCUGCUCAGUGUUGCUGGCACCAUUCCUGCUUUGGGGAUAUUCGGAUGGUUCUACAACCGUCACAAAAAAGACUUGAAGGAUAAAAGAAUAGAUUGCCCCUUGCCUCCGCCUGCGCCUGGUGACAUUGCGAUAGUUGCCACCUAAUCCCUAACCUAAUCCACUACGGAGCUGUUCGCCGGAAAUGUUAACCAUAUCGUUAAUAAAUAAUGAAUACUUUGGGAGAAGAUGAAUUUCAAAGGCUUUUAAUGUCACUUACGGGCCGAACGUGAUUAACUAAUAUUAUGUUACUGUGGAUCGAAGACGUCCAGAAAGACCUGUUUGACCUUCAAGCGACUGAAUGGCAUCAGAGGACAGGAGCGAAUGACGAAGUCUAAUGUCAGAGGCCAAGAUCUUCUUCCGUCAGUAACUACGUGUGUUACUUUUUUCCGACGUUUCGACCAAGUUUGUGACCAAGGUCGUAGUCACGAAGGCAAACUCAUGUUAAAUAAUCGCGGUUUUUGCGUUCGAUCCGUUAGUGACAUUAAAUAUGUGUAUACAACGCGAGAAAUUAAAGAUUUAACUUAAAGAUAUAUAAAAAAAUAGCACGCCAAUAGCAAAGAAAAUAGGGUCGUAACCUGAUCAAAUAACAAAUUGUGAGAUCAGAAUCAACCUCAGGACUUAAAUCUCAAAGCAAUAGUUAAAACGUUUUAGUUGUGCUGAUUCGAUCAUUUAUAAUACUUCAUUAAAGGGUAAUUAAUAAGUUUUCUAACAUGAUUUUUGGAAGGUUACCUACAUAUUUUAAGUGUCAACAUUUUUAUACAAUAAAUAAUUUGAAUUUUUAA